AUGAAUGUUUCAUGCAAAUUACCACAUUUCCUUCAGCUAUAUUUUAUUUGCAUUGUCGGACUGAUCGGAGUGUGGGGUCUGGAAACCGGAGAUCAUCGACGGACGGACGUCAAAAAUUUACCCACAGCUUUGCCGUUUGGUGUCGAAAUACGUAAAGCUACUGCCGUGGAACAAUAUAAAUCACCGUCAUUCGACGACAAUGGCCACGGGCGAUCGACUAUCAAUCGACAUCAGUCGCAACCCCUUCGAAACCCCAUUCAAGCCGAUGCAAAGUCUGGGAGGGCACAUCAACGGGAACCACGAAAAAACUUCGACACACUCAUCCCAUUAUCCGAGGAAGCGAAAGAUGAACUACAUGCGGUCGAUAAGUCGGAAAACAAUCAAGCGGAAAUGAAACUUUCCCAUCAUCGGCGUCAACCAGGACGUGAAGUUACGAAGGUGGAUGAAGGUGACCAGAAGGCGGCUCGCAUGGUCGACGACCGGCUUCCUGUAGAUGAUGACGUUGUUGACGCUACCAAGGACGAAUACUAUGACGCUGCAAGCAAAGAAGAGAACGAAGGUGAUAAUUAUGAGGAUGGUAAAAUAAUCAAUUCGGGUGCGUUGGACAACUUUUUUGGCGGGAAAUCUACGUCCUCGUCGAAUGGUGCGUCCGGUGUAGAGGAUGAACAUCGGAAGGGUUCGAAAAAUGUGCAUGAUUAUAAAAGGGGAAAUACGGAGGGUGCUGUGGAAUCGAAUGCACAAGAAGAACUCGACGAGGAUGACGAGGACGACGAAGAAGAGGAGGAUGAGGAAGAAGAUGACAGUGAAGUGUCAUAUGGCGAGGAUGUGCUUCCACCGAGUGAAGCGUUUGGCACCUUCGGUGGAAAGGCUGAUGGUGCGUCAAAGGUGGAGGAGGCGCCGUACUUCCUGGUAGAGCCCCAGAGUACUUAUGUGAUCCGGAGCAAGCCGGCCGUCCUGAAGUGCAAAGCAGCCAACACACUGCAGAUUCAUUUCAAGUGCAGUGGCAGUAUCAAGCCUCCUCCCUCGACCGAAGAAUCGCACGUAGACCCUCACAGUGGGGUUCACUUCCAGGAAGUGACGGCCACAAUAUCCCGCGACCUGGUGUACGAGUACUUCGGCAAGCUACCGUUCAAAUGCGAAUGCCACGCCUGGUCCCCUCGCGGAAAAGCCGUCAGCCAACCGGCCUCGAUUAUUGUUGCGUAUUUGAAGAAAAACUUCGAACUACAGGAAACCAGAAUUCGUGCUGAAGUUGGAGAAAAGUUGGAAAUUAGGUGCGUCGCUCCAAAGGGUUAUCCAAAGCCCCAGGUAACAUGGUUGAAAAAUAACUUCACCGUUACAUCAAGUUCUCUAUUGACCUUCACCACUGAAGGAAACAUUGUGAUAACAAGCUUAAAUCUUCAGGACAUAGGAAAUUAUACAUGCGUAGCGGAGAACAUUGCUGGAAAAAGGACAUCAGAAUCAAUCGAGCUGAUCGUUUUCGUGAACGGAGGAUGGAGUCAAUGGAGUGCCUGGCUGGAGUGCCGUUGCCCUGGAAAACCAGCCCAAGGAAGGAAGCGUACACGUACCUGUAGUGAUCCCAUUCCUCUGUAUGGUGGAGCACCUUGCGUAGGGCCGAAUCAACAGAAAACUGCCGAUUGUGUAACUUGUCCGGAAGACACACAAAUAAUUACUCCUAAUGGGUUUGAGGAUAACGCAUUUGUACGCCGUUGGUCCGCAUGGUCUGCAUGGAGCUCGUGCACUAACAAAUGCACCCAAUCAAGGAGACGAAUCUGCCGCACGCAAAAUAUGGACUACUACGAUAAAGCACUUGUGAAGCAUCAUCAACAGUUGGCAGCUCUUAUGGAAGAUCAUAACGAGCAGGAGAGCAGCGCCUACGGCUGUCACGGGAAGGACGUUCAAACCAUCGUUUGUCGUGGUGGCGAAUGCAGAAUUGAUGACACAGCUUCUGAUUGGAUCUUUUAUCUCGGACUCGGGUUCAUUGUGACACUCUGUUUGACAUUCCUGGUGUUUUUGCUGCAUAUGCGACAUCGGCAGAAGAUACCAACGUACUCCAUCACACGGACGACUCCCGAUCAGCACACUUACACACACGAGUUUCAAAAGAAGCUUACGCUUACCUCAAACCCGCCGGACAUCAAUAUACGAGUCAAUGGUUACGAAUACUCAAAUGGAAGCACCAUGGAAGCCCCAAAGAUACCGAGUCAGAGUGUUCCGCUACUUCUGACCAGAUCCACAUCUGAACAUCACUACGACGAACCGCAAUUCAACUCGAUGCAAGCGAUUCAGACGUCAAAUAAGGACGAACCGGGUACGAACGUGUACCAUCAACAGAAGGCUGGGACGGGAGUGGUUCUUCAGCAUCAUUACCAUCAGUAUCACUCACUCGAACAGAGUCACCUUCAACGUCAGAUAACGUCGUCACCUGCCAUCCAAUCUCAAAAGGGUCAGUAUCGCAGCUCCGAAUCUCUAUCGGGGACGUCCAACACAAACACAUCAAACUCAACCUACGCUAUCGCUACGACGGAUUCCCUGGAUACGUCUAGUUCGUCCGAAGCCAUGUACAAAUCGAACUCUGCUCGUCAGGUUGUCACCUCGGAUGGGGGUUGGUUGGAGCUGGAGCAUUUGCAAACAUCGCUCUCGAUCCCCGAGGGAGCCAUCCCAACGGCGCUAAGAAUAAACGUUUUUCUAGCCGUCAUGUACGACUCCAAAGAUACGAUAUUAGUCGAAAAUCAGGUCACUCACAUCAGUCCCACCAUUGUGUGUGGGCCAGCCAAGAGUAAUUUCUCCAAACCGCUCAUCAUCAAGGUUCCGCACUGCGCCGAGGAUAUUGCCAGCUGGAAGGUGUCCCUCUUCUAUAAAGAGGAAGUGACGAACUGCUGGAAAAAGAUUGCGUCAUCAGAGAAUGACGUUCCCAGUCCGCAGGCCUACAUUCAACUUGACCAGCACAAUGCGUACAUCAUGACGCGGAAGCUCGGCAAGUAUCUGCUCGGUGGAGAAAGUCUUUCACCCGAGGUGACCGUCACCAAGCGGCUGAAGAUCGUAAUGUUCGGUCCUGUUCGAAAACCGGAAGCAGACUUCAAUAUUCGCGCCUACGUGCUUGAGGACUACCCGAGUGCUCUGGAACAUUGUAGUGGAAUAGAAACGCGGCUGGGGUACUUCCAGAUCGGACAGAGUUCCCCGUUCCACUUCGCUAACAGUAAAGAAGCGAUGACACUACGGAUCAACUGUUCAGGCGGGUGGACGACGGCGACCGAGUGUUCUAUCCAGAAGAUCCCCUUCAAUCACAUCUGGAAGAAUAUGGCGAUCUUGCACUGUGAAUUCUUGUUGCACAAAUUGACCGAUGAGAUGCCUUGUUUACGAUUGGAGCUAGGUGCCGAGCAGGACAACGGUGCCAAAGUGCUUAUCACGUCGGUGGCGUUCUCGUGA